AUGGACGACUACAUGUUCCGCGAGCAUGUCAGCAAGUGCCGCCAAGUCACCGAGGCGACGCACUAUGUUGAGAUACUCAAUUAUUCGGAUCCGUUUUACGACUCGUGCGAGGAGCAUCCUCUGACAAUGGAUGAGUUUGACAACUUCCUGUAUCGACGAGGUGCAUUCGAGCCGCCGAAAGUGAAGGAGGGAGUCGAGUUGAUGAGUGGCAUUCGUUUAGUACUUCAGAAGAACGCCAAGCACAAAGACACUUUCACCCCUCACACAAUCUCGUUCACGGCCGAUGCUUACGAGUCCAUGGUAAGAGCCAUGAGGCUGCCCUACAGGGCGAUUGAGGGGACCAGUGUCGUCGGUCCCUUUUUCUGGUCCGCCUACGACCAGGAAGACGACGACCCGACGCUUCAAAUCAUCUUUCGCAAGUCCGACGUGCGAAAGAAGGGCAAAACCCGAGGAUGGGAGAUCAUGCUGUCGCACCGUUUCAAGACGGGCAUCACGUCGGGUUAUGUCAAGGGCACCCCGAGCUCCGACAUUGUGGCUGCGAUCCGCCACCUCAGCUUUUGCGCGAAGCAGGUCGGCCACCCGAUGCUGCUCCCCGUCAUUAUCCUCUCCCACGACCUGUCGUCGCAGAAUGACCAGAAGCAGCGCGAUGCGCGAGACUGGCUGCGCAGGCUGGAGCAUGCCGUCAGCAUGCGCAACGAGAUCGAGGACGAGGAGGGGUACGUCAGCAAGGAUGGAUAUCUCGAAGUCGACGCCAUCAGCCGGGACCUGGUCGAGUGCCACAGCCAGGUCUUGUGGAAGCGGCCGCAGGCGUACCGGGAGGUCGUGAAGGAGCUCGAGUCUGCGAUGGCGCUUUUCAAGCACAAAGUGCCGAUGGAAAAGUUCACGGUAGAGCUGCACAAGCUGCACCGUAGCAUGAACGCCCGGCUGGACUUUUACAAGAUCAAGUUAAAAGGCAUCGAGAAUUACCAGGCGACUACGCUGGAGAGACUCCAUAUCCAGCGAAGCGCGUUGUACAACUUGCUCUCCCAGCGAGAGUCAAAGAUUCAGUUCCAGAUGGCUGGUGAGCAGAGGCGGCUGGCGCACGCGAGCAAGAGGGACAGCACGGCGAUGAAGACGAUCUCGCUGCUUGGUGCGGUGUUCCUGCCGGGCACCUUCCUGGCCUCGGUCUUUAGCAUGACGUUCUUUGAUUUCGCCAAAGACGCCGAUCCCGUCAUCUCGAAAUCGCUCUGGGUCUACUUUGCAAUCACGAUACCCCUGACUGUCGUCAUCGUCGUCGGAUGGAUCAUGUUCGACCGUCGGCGGGAAGGCAAGUUUGCGGUCGAGGACGCCGACCUGGAGAAGAACAUCGAGCACAUGGAGGCGGACAUCAUGGCCAUGAUGAGGAAGCGGACGAUGAGCAAGGCCAACACGUGGACGAAGCAGAAGCAGUAA